ACGGUGGUUAUGGAGAUGAAGCUAGAGAAAUGGGUGGAAGUAAAAACUACACAAAAUAAAUGCGAAAUAUUAGUAUAUUAAUUUGUGAUGCUUCAGCACCACUGUUAUGGUUACUAAAACCAGACCAAAGUUUUAUGUCAAUCAGUUUAAGUAGAAUUGAUUAGUUUAAUUGAAUGCCAGCACUGUUUUUCGAUGUCUGUUUUGAAAGCUGUUUCGAUUUCAAUCUAAAUUAAUUUGACUUUAUAACGUCACAUAUAGACGGACAGCGAAACAACAUUUGGGAAAUGCUUGUGCAUCUCGCCUUCUUGAAGGGAUUUGACUGACCCCGGUACAGCAGGCAAGGACUACAAUUUGAUUUUGCCGUGCGUUUUUAAUGACGCUGAAGCUGUGCCUAGAGAAUGCCACACAAGAUAGGGUUUGUAGUGGUCAGUUCCUCUGGACAUGAGGAUAACUACAAUGCCAAGGAGCUGAUGGUUCAUGCCCCCACAGUCAAUGGAUGGAGAUCAGCCAGGUUUUGCCCAUACCCUCAGGAAAUUACUCUACAGCUGGUGGAGCGCUGCCGCAUCCGGAAGCUACAACUACUGGCCCACCAGUACAUGAUCUCAGCAAAGAUUGAGUUCUACAUCAGCGACAGUCUGCCAGAGUCCUUUUCACCCAAUCCAUCAGACAGGUUCUGCAGGCUUGGGUAUGUAUCUCUUUCAGACAAUGAGAAAACAGGGUUUAAAGCUCGGGAGCUGAAGUCUGUUCACGUGGAUGCAGUUGGAACAUAUCUGAAGCUGAUCUUUCACAAAAACCAUAUAAAUCGCUACAAUCUGUAUAAUCAGGUUGCAUUAGUUGCUAUAAAUGUUCUUGGAGACUCGGUAGACAGCAGUGAAAUGGAUGUGAUUCCAACGAGGGACCAGCUGAUUGAACAUUAUCUCAACAGCAUUCACAAUGAUGUCACCCUGGAAGGAACCUAUUUAAGUAAAUCUGAUUCGAUCUCCCCACUGGACGACCUGGCAUUCGACAUGUACCAAGACCCGGAGGUGGCUCAGAUAAUCCGCCAGCUGGACGAGAAGAAACACGAGGCAGUGCGGCAGGAGAGGUUCGACCUUGCCAAGAAGCUGAAGCAGGCCAUCGCCGACUUGCAGAAGGUUGGGGAGCACCUUGGCCGUUAUGAGGUAGAAAAACGCUGUGCCAUUGACAAGGAGGACUAUGACUUGGCCAAGCAGAAGAAACAGCAGAUGGAUGAAUACCGUCUGAAAGUGUAUCAGCAGCUUGAGAUACACAAUUUGCUUGACAUGGGCUCGAUCCGGAAGAUGGCAGACCUCCCAUUGGAGCCCCUGAGCCAUCCUGCUUCUCCUCAGCAGGUGAAACCGGCAGAAAUUCCGCCCCAAAAGAAAAGGGAAAAAAAGCCGGAGAAACCCCCCGAUCCAGAGCCGUCACUCCCCGCCAGGCCCAUGACCCCACUGCAAACCCCAAGCCCGCCAUCCACUGUGGCCCGGCCAGAGCCGCCCAAGAUCAGCGUCAGCGCCCUGCCAUACGACGAGAGGCCUCUUCCUGCUCUGCGCAAACAAACGGGAGAGCGGCAGAGCCAGCUGGAAGAGUCGCCCCCCCCAGACUCUUCCAGGACCCCCAGGACCCCGGGCAUCACUGGAGAGCCAGAGCCCCUGACAGAGAAGGCUCUCAGGGAGGCCACCUUCGCCAUUGAGGUGUAUGGAGAGGGACUGGUGGCAGGGGCCUACUCAAAGACCUGGUCUUACCGCGAGGACGCCUUGGUAGCUGUUUAUAAGAAGCUCAUGGAUGUUCCAUCAGGAAUGCCUAAGGAAGAACUGAAGACCUUGUUGCGAGCCGCUAUCUUUUUGGUCAGGAAAUCCCUCUCGGAUAAGGUGUCUUCUGUUUUCCAAGCCUCCCUGAAACUUCUGAAGAUGGUAAUAACCCAGUUCAUCCCCAAGCACAAGCUGGGCAGAGUGGAGGCUGCACAUUGUUUGGAGCAGACCUGGCCAAACUUGAUUCUUAGAACUGGAGACUCGGCUACCCGACUUCGUGUUGUGGCUACAAACUUCAUCCAGGAGAUGGCGCUGUUUAAAGAGGUCAGGCCCCUGCAGGUCAUCCCCGCUGAGCUGGUGAAGCCCAUGAAGUCCAACACCCCCAGCCGCCUGGCUCUCAGUCAGGUGGAGCUGCUGGAGAAGCUCCUGAAGGAGCUGGGCACCGAUGGCUCUGGGUUCACCAUCAAUAACGUGAUGCGGUUUGCUAUAGGUGCACUGGAGCACAGUACUUCAGAGGUGCGUGAAACAGCUUCCCGGAUUAUCCAGGACAUGUACCGCCAGCACAAGAGCGCUAUUACGGACUACCUGCCUCCGGAUGACGCCAGCACUCGCAGGAACGUCCUCUAUAAAAACAUCUUUGAUGGGUUUGCAAAAAUUGACGGGCGCCCUGCGGAGACACAGACCAAGACACUGAAGAAGGCUGCCAGGCAGGAGGCAGAGAAGGAGAAGAAGGAGGAAAUCCGGGCUCUUCAGGAGCAGCUGGCAGCCCUGAAGGACCUUACAACCAAUGGCAAGGACAAAAACAAGGUGAAAGACAAGGAGGCUCACAAACCCACAAAGGCAGGGUUUCGAAAAGUUCCCCCUGCUCAUCCCCCAGAUAUUGCUGACGACGACUCUUCUUUUGCAAAUUAUUUAGACAACCUAUGUAUAUUUUGUGGUGAAAAGGACGACUCGUUCACAGAGGAAGGUCUGGAUCUGCAUUACUGGAAGCAUUGCCCCAUGUUGAGCCGCUGCGAUCUCUGCAGACAGGUGGUUGAGAUAGCCAGCAUGAGUGAACACUUGUUGUCCGAAUGCGAAAGCAAGAGUAACUUGACCAAGUGUCAGCGCUGUGCUGAGGCUGUUCCCAAAGAUGAGCUGUCUGAACAUGUCCGAAGCAAAGCCUGCAAUCCUCCUAAAUCGGAGAAACUGUCCAACCACUGUUCAUUAUGUCAUGAAAAUUUCACGCCUGGAGAUGAGGCCUGGAAAGCUCACCUGAUGGGGAGGGACGGGUGCAAACAGAACUCGCGCAGGGUCCCAGCCCUCCAGAGGACACAGCAGAUACAAGGGAAAAUGGGUCCAUCUGCAACAAAGCAAGCUCCCUUGGGGAUGAGAGGUCGGUCCAUGGCUACAUCAAGCAAGAUCCCAGCCCCCAGAGCAGGAGUCAACAAAAUGGGGGGCCGUAACCCAGUCAAGCGGUGACCCUGAAUUUCUCCCUGCUGAGCGAGGCAGUGGGGUUCCUUACAGAAGCUCUUUUUGAGGUGCCACAUGGGCUACAUGUGUCAUAGUUUCCACAGUUUAAUAAUGAUUCCUUUUCUAUUUUCUAUUUAAUGUGUGUUUUACCUGUGUGCUAGGGGCUCCUCUGUCCGUGCUGUGCCAGUGUUACUAUUCUACUAAUUUAUCUAUCGUUAUUUUUUUAUUACUUGGGAGGAAUCUGUUUUUAAGUGCAUUCAAGACCCAUAAUGUAUAAAUAACGAUCUUAGGCAAAUUUCACUAUCAUAGCAGUGGUUUUUUAAAAAAAAAGACUUCAUAUGUGUGAACUGAUGAUGGACGGAAGUUAUUGUUAAUAUUAGAAGUACAUCUUCACUGAAAAGAGGAAACUGUUUUGUUUUGCGGAAGGUUGGGUUUUUGUGCUAGUGGUUUUUUUUACCACCUUAGCAAAGUAGCAAACAAUUAUAAUUGAAGAGUGUUCAAUUAGCUUUAUUGAUACAGAUUAGCCUUUUGCCAAAUAUAAAUGUUUGUUUUUCACACUUUUCUUUGAUAGCUUGUUUGGGUAUUCAUUACAUUUCUAUUGACCAAAAUAAAAUACAAAAGUAAUUUACUUUUCAUGUUCCAGCAAAGAAAGCCUGAUAUCUGAAAGUUUUUUAAUAAUUGCUUUGCAGUAUUAUAUGUUGUUUGUUUUGAGAAAAGUAGACUUUAUAAGAAAAAUGUGAUGAGAUUUGUUUUAACUGACUGUUUGGUGUUCAUAUUUUAAAACCAAAAGAAAUAUAUUUGUUCACAAACUUACUCAAAAUCAGACUAUUAAUUCUGGAAAAAAGUAAUAUUCUGAUUUUUUAAGAACAAUAUCUAUCAAAGCUAGUUUAUUCCAUAAAUAUAGCCAGGUGUGCAGAAUUCUUUGUAGAAUUUGCAGAAUUUUAACAUUAAAGUCCUGUAUACUUUGUGUGGAGUUCAUCACAACGUCUUGUAGGUUAUGAUGAAAAUGUAAUUGUAACAAUGAAAAGGCAAAACAAGAUUUCCUUUCAGACAAGACUAAAUGAACAUGUCCUUUACUCUGUUAUUCUUCGUGCUUUGGUCUAUACUGAAAAAUACUGUCUAGUGGCCUUCCUGUGGUUUUAGCUCAUAGUUCUAAACUAGGCUGUGUCCUGCUUGGUGUUUUUUUCAAACACUUUGUUUAAAAUUGGUCAGAUCAAUUUUCUUUUCUUCUAGCACCUUUUAGUAAACUAACCACAGACUCUAACACAUGCAACCUGGUUCCCCUUUCACAGCACUGAUGAGACUAAGAAAAGGUUACAUAAUUUACCUGAGCCCCAAAAGAAGUAAUUCCUUAAUGUAUGUGAACUGCAGAGGAUGAUACAACCAUAAGAACAUGUGUAGCUCAUACAUGAAUAAUUGCUGUACUUGUUUAUCCUAACUAUGGAAGAAUAGACACCUCGAUGUGACAGUGACUCUUUUGUAGUCAUGGCUGCUAUAUGAUACUCAUCAUGAAAAUGUGUGAGUGAAUGUGCUAGAGUCAUUUAAGAGCAGAAAAAGUGGACCAUUGAAGGAAACCACAGCCUGUACUGUAUCUAUGGAUAUACAUCUGUAGGGAAACUGGAGAAUUUUCCUUGAUAAAUACUGACAUUAGAGAUGUUUGUUGAUAUAAAAAGUAGUUAUGCAGUCAAAUGCUUCCUACCUUGGAAUUGUGAUUGAAGCUACAGCUUAGUCAUCAAAAGAUUCAAUGGCAAAAGUCAAUAACUGAAAGUACUAUAUACUAUGUGGAAUACCCCUGUAGUUGAGUGCUUUUCUUUUGCACUUAAAAGUUUUUUAUACAGAUUUCCUUAACUGUUCUUGUUUGGAGCUGUGCAUUUACUGUCAUUUAUCCACAUUAGAACACAUCUUUGGGUUACUCUGAAUUAGGAUUGUGAAAUGGAUUGUAUAAAUCUUUUUUCUGUAUUUUUUGUAAUUUAGUGUUUUUGUGUAGUGUCAUCAUACGACAUACUUCUCAUGUUUUAAACCCUACUGUAUUUAAUUUUAUUUGUUGUGUGUAACUAAUUUGUCCAACAUGAUUUUGUUUAUGUUGUGUGUCUAAAUUUGUCAUCAGAGAACUUAAAAUACAGUACAUCACAGCAGACAGUGGCUUUCCAAAGUUUCAAAAUAGGGAUACUGGAAAUAGUCUUUAAUGAAGCACUUACUCAAUAAUUAAGGUAAUGUAACAUUGCUUAAAUGUUAAAUGUUCAGGUCAAAUUAAAAAUAGUUUAUGCUAAAGAGGAACAUUAAUAAAUAAGUUGUUCCUCUUAAAAAAUAAAUCUAUCGAUUUAAUGUGUCAACAAAUCAUUGUUAGUACUUUUAAGUGCAAGUGAUAUGUAAUUAAUGUUAUAGAAACUGUGCACGUGUGAUGGAGUAUAGGUUAAUUUAUUGCUGCUUAAAUAUUUUUAAUUAAUUUGUAUUUCCCAAGUAGUUAUUUUGCUGCCUUUCUUAAUAUUUUCAAUCAAUGCAAAUUUAAGACAAAUGUUCUUGUCUUCAAGCAGCAUCACACUGAUAAGUUACAAAUUCUAUGAAAAUCACAAGUGAGAUUAAUCUGAAUUUAACCAAAUGCACUGCAAAGUAUAUCUGUAAAGAAUGAAUUUACUCCGAUUAUUAAGAUUAGUGUGGCAGUCAUGUAUGUGAGCAGUCAUGCAUCUAGACAUCGUCAAGCUUUCAUGGCAUAACAGCAAAAGAAGAGUUAUAUGUUUCAUUAAUCACUCACAUCAAUAAACAAUGUCCUUAAACAUA